UCUUCUUCUUCUUCUUCUUCUUCUUCUUCUUCUUCUUCUUCUUCUUCUUCUUCUUCGUCUUCACUAAUGGAUCGCUACUGCUUCGAUUACCCCCCCGAUUUCUGCAACUCCUCAAACAUCUUCAACUCCAACCUCCCAUUGCUGAGCUACGACGUCAAUUCCCCGGUUUCUGUCGCGUCGUUUCCAGACGCCGCCCUUCCUUCCGACUACAUGGUGGUUCCGCAAAUGGAGGCCGGCUUUCGUGAUUUCUCGGCCGGUGAAGAGUGCUGGCCGCCUUACAGUCCCAUGCUUGCUGAAAAUUGGGGGAUACAAGGGAAGGCGGCGGAUGAGAGCGAUCAGGUGAAGGUGGGGAGAUAUUCUGCUGAAGAAAGGAAGGAUAGAAUUCUCAGAUAUCUGAAGAAGAGAAACCAGAGAAAUUUUAAUAAGACCAUCAAGUAUGCUUGUCGGAAAACCCUAGCCGACAAACGUGUCCGAGUUCGCGGGAGAUUCGCAAAAAACAAUGAAGCCUCUCAAGAUGAAAUAUUGAUGGACUCGGCCUCUUUUCAACUAAACUAUUCAUUUCAAGACGAGAUGGUGAAGUUUGAUGAGGAGUAUUGGAUACAAGUAGCAAUGGACAAUCUUGGUCACUUUCCUUACUUAGGCAGCUAGAAUCAGCGGUCGAAAUUAUCAUAUAAAUUAAAAUUGAUGUUUAUUUUAUCAUUUAUGAUAUUGAAUUGCAAUCCUAGACUCUCAAUCAA